GGGCGGAAAUACCGUUUACAAACAGGAAGUGUGCGGGGGCUUCGCGAGCGGCGGGCGAGCCCCAUGGAGGCGUACGAGCAGGUCCAGAAGGGCCCCCUGAAGCUGAAAGGCGUCGCGGAGCUCGGCGUGACGAAGCGGAAGAAGAAGAAAAAGGACAAAGACAAGGCCAAGCUGCUGGAGGCUAUGGGGACGAGUAAGAAGAGCGAGGAGGAGAAGAGGCGCUGCCUGGACAAGCGCACGCCGGCGCAGGCGGCUUUCGAAAAGAUGCAGGAGAAACGGCAAAUGGAAAGAAUCCUGAAGAAGGCGUCCAAAACCCAUAAGCAAAGAGUGGAGGACUUCAACCGACACCUGGACACACUCACCGAGCACUAUGACAUUCCUAAAGUCAGCUGGACCAAGUAACUUGCCCCUGGUGCAAAAGACAGGUCAGGUUGGCUGUUUUGCUCACCUCAGUGUUUUCUAGAAUGCCCUACACCUGCCUGGUACAUGUGCUGAAACCAGACUUUCUGAAACUUGAUUAAAGUCAGGCUGUCCUUUCACUGGGUAUACCCUUUUCCAUUUGGACUGCAACAUUGUGCUUUGACAGGCUCGGGUCUUUUCUGGGUUAGGUCCAUGGAAGGAGGGUACCCUUCCCACCCUGAUUGUGGCAUCUGUCUUCAUCUGCACCAUAAUGCCAGGACAGGAAGCUCCUACCUGUGGCCCACCACACAAGGUCCCGCAGUGCUGCUGCUUUUGGGCCACCUGGACAUCAGACCACACAGCCUACAUUGAGCAACAGCCACCUGAAGCAAGGAUGGGACACAGGUCACCAGCACAUACCCUGCCCCUCAAUCCACCUGGUGGCUGCCAUUGCAGACAUUGCUAAUCAAUCCAGUUUUCAAUGAUGGCACCUGGGGCUCCAAGCAUAUGGCACAUGUCAUAAGCCUGCUUGGCAUUCCUGGCUUAAGGAUACCAAAUACAAGACAAUGCCAGGGCAAAGUGCCAGCAGACCUGGUGUGGUGGGAGGGCCCUGGUGCAGAUUCUGUAGAGCUUUGUCAUCUGAGAGUCUAGGUGAACCUCUUGGAGAACCUGUGCACACACUGUUGAGAGAAGCAACUUCUGUUACCAUGGAUACUGAAAGGCUACCAGGAAUCCCUGGAGCUGGCAUGUAGAAUAAAGCAAGUGUCAGUCAUGAA